ACUUGUUUCAUUCAGAAGGGCAUCAGAUGCUGGAAGGGCGGGCGGAACCUUCGUUUUGGCGACAAAGGUUGUGGGGAGGGGACAGAUUUUGGUGGACGCCAAGAUGGCGGCCUCUAUUUUAACCAGCUGUGGUCGUGUCGCAGCGUUCAAGACUACUAUACUCCAAGUGUGGGGGCUUCGGAGUCUGCCUUCUUCUGUCUUUUUGUGCACCAAACCAGGCAACUCUAAAAAAGGCUCUAACAAAAAUGAAGGUGAAAUUAUAAAUAACACUAAAGCAGAUGCAAAUGUAAAGUUAGCAGAUGAAGAUCUGAGGAAAUUUUUGGCAAGAAAAACAUUGGUGACAUUUCCUCAGAGAGCAAAGCUUUCUCCUCUUGAAGGAGAGCCUGCUUUCUCCUCAAAAGAAGGCUUGACUAAGAAGUUGGCAGAAGAAGAGUCAUCCACCUCCUCAAGUUCUGAUUCAGAUUCCAGUUCUGAUUCUGAAGAUGUUUUCAAAGAACCUAUAAAAACCAAGGUGUCUUUUCCAAAGCAAGAUCACAUCUCUUCUAAGGACCAAAUAACCAAGAUAAAUAAAGUAAGUCAAAAGGACUUCCCAAAAGAACAAGUCAAGGGCAAAAAAUCUGAGAAGCUCCCUUACAGUCCCAGAAUCACAGAGAUGCCAAUUAAACAAAAGCAGUUGCAUAAGACAACUGCUGAUGACAAGCUGUUAAAAUCAAAUCUGACAGAUGACACAGACCAAAAAUCAAGAGAAAGGCACUUAAAGAGUUCAGAAUUUGGGACCAAAAUUAUCAAGAGCCAAAGGCCCAAAGAAGUCGCACGUAAGCAGCUGGAGGUAUCUGUUGUGGAAACAGCUUCAAAUACGUUUUCUAGAACUCAGACUGUGCCUCAGCAAGGUGUAGUACAAAAUUUGACUUUGCUAAAAAAGAAAGAAGGCAUGGCAAAAAAAGCACAAAAAACUGAAGAGCACGGAGGAGCUGCUGCUGUGCUACAGGAAGAGAUUUUGAGCAGCAGAAUGCCAGUGGCAGACCCUACUGUGAAAGAAGAGAUGGUCCUGGAUGUUGAAGUUCAGACUGAACAGAGCACUAUACAGGAGACCAAGCCACCAGUUGACACUGUACAAGAAACAUAUGACAUUUCUACCUACAAGAACCUGCAGCAUCACGAAUAUACACCAUACACCUUUGUAGAUUUUGAUGUUUUGCUAUCCAAAAUGCGGCUCCCUCAGCCAUCAUCUGGGAGAUUAUCUUCUAGACACUAAAUCGGAAGUGGAAACAGAAACAAUUUAAUUCUGUCACUAACUUGAUAUCUGUGUUAUAAUUAAAGUAGUUUAAAUGAC